UUUCUUUAAUUGUCCUAAUAUGUUUUCUUUGUAGAUGGAAAAACUGGUGGAUUCGUGGAAUUUUAACAUUCGCUAUGAUAUCGUUAUUUUUCCUGAUCAUAUAUCUUGGAUCAUUUAUGCUGAUGCUUCUUGUCUUGAGCAUUCAAGUAAAGUGUUUCCAUGAAAUCAUUACUAUAGGCUACAGAGUCUAUCAUUCCUAUGAAUUACCAUGGUUUAGAACCUUAAGCUGGUACUUUUUGUUGUGUGUGAACUAUUUUUUCUAUGGAGAGACAGUGGCAGAUUACUUCGCUACGUUUGUUCAGAGAAGAGAGCAACUUCAAUUCCUAAUUCGCUACCACAGGUUUAUAUCUUUUACACUCUACUUGACAGGUGAGUUUUUGGGGAAACCAUUCCCAAUUCCAUCAGUGGUUAAUGUAUUCUUAUUCAGUGGUGGUGUUCACAUUUUUACAUAUUUGUUUGCACUUCAAAAGUUCAUUUAAGUUCCUGUAGCUUUCCUCACAUUCCAUUACUUUCUCUCCCCCUUGUUAAAGGAAACCAGGUGUCUGUAUUUGUUUUGCCAAUGAAAAAUUGAACAUAAAGCUUUGCAUUCCAUCAGAUUUCAGGUGGUGGUUGCUGACUAAAAGGGGGUUGCUUAGAAAGCAGAAGAUUGUGGGGGAGAGGGAAUAAGGCUUCUCAUGAAUGAACAUCUAUUAUUACUGCUGGAGGUGCCAGAUUACAUGCUUUGUACUUUUUCCUGUUUGGCUAGCCAAGUCAAGGGUGAUGUUUCUAAAUACUGUGGGGGCAUAGUGAUGUUGAAACAGUCUGAAGGGAGUGUGUGUUAUGGCUCUUUGAGAACACUUCUAGAACAUCUAAUACUGGCUGCGAAGGCAGGGUUCUGUUUUGACUUACAUAUCAACAGAAUUUUUAACCUAGUUCCAGUUGCAAAGUUGCUUGUGGAAAGCCUUUGUCUUCUAAUUUUGCUCUCAGUUAAGAGCAUAAAAAUUGCAAUAAUGGACCAGGCUAGUGAUCCACCUAGUCCAGUAACCUGACUCCAACAGGGGCCAGUACCAGAUUUGUCUGAAAAACAUGCAAGAAACCCCGAAGUGGGCAAGUAUGGAAUAACCUACCCGCAGGAAGAGCUAUUCCUGAGUAGUUAUUUGAAGUAAGGUGUAUGAGUAGUUCAGAUUAUUACUUUCAAUAUAUAUAUUACCUUGCAUUUGUCAACACUGAAUUUUAUCUGGCAUUGUGUUGCCCAUCUGUUUGCUUCUUCUGAAGCACCACAGUCGCCUUUCACCGGGAUUUAUUUUGUCAUCUACCUAUUUUGCCAUUUUACUGUUCCUCUUGUGUUUCAGAUAUUUCAUAAAAACACAUUAAGCAAUCUUGGACGUAAUAUAGAACCUUGUGGCACCUCACGGUUUAACCGUUUUCCAGGUUGAAAAUUGACCCACUGUUACUCAGUAGUUUGUCUGAGACAGAACAAUUAUGGAUCAUGAUUUUCAUCCAUGACUCCUUAAUUUCUUUAAUAUCCUCAAGAUGUGAGCUGUAUGGGGGCCACUAAAGUAUCUUUGUGGGGAACUAAGGGCCCCUGAGCUCUGCCCAAACUCAGGUCAUGCACAAGGCUGUCACGGUGGGAGGAAGAGGUACCGCCAUUUCUCAUACCAGCCAGGACCAGAGGGAUAUCAUUCCCCUGACCAUCAAGCCAAAUUCCUGUCCUCCACAUCCCUUGGCCAUGGGUUGGUGGUUGGGCUACUCUAUAAAUAAACAAAA